AUGAGUUUCAGGAGACUCUCGGGGAAAGUAAACAUUACAAUCGCUGGUCGAUGUAGUUCGAUGUUCCCGAAAGCCAAGGAAGUGUACUGUCCAAGGUCGGUACAUGAUGGAUGCGAGGAAGAUCUCGUCGCUACGCACAGAUUCUACAUCGCGUUUGAGAACAGCUUAUGUCGUAACUACAUAACGGAGAAGUUUUUCCAUCGCGUCUCUCAACUGAUGAUACCAAUAGUGUUGGACAGGAAGCUCUACGAAGAUGAUGGCAUACCAGCGAAUUCCUUCAUCGCAGUAAGCGACUACCAAAGUGACGACGAACUGGCAAGGCAUUUGGAGUUGGUCCGGCGCAACGACCGGGAGUUUCUAAAGUGGGUUGUUCACUAA